CCUGCCCCCCGCAGCACAUGACCCACCAUGGAGGGGCGCUGGUGCUGCCCAGAGGUUCGGAGCCGGGGGAGCGAGCGGAGGCUGCCGCCGAGGGGGCGGCACAGCCGGGCGGCGGACAGCGGCUGGAGAUGAGCGCUGAAGCGGAGGGGCCGUCGCGGGCGGAUGGUGCCGGCGCGGACAGCACGAGGUGACGCCGCCUCAGGAGAGUGUGGGCUGCUGCUGGCAGCUACAGGAUGAAGUCGCCUCCCUGCUGCAUGUCUCUUUCUUCCCAAGCAUCCCUGGACGAACCAGGGAGUAGCAUGUCCCUGGGUUCGCUGAACUCCAGUGUUUUCUCCAGUGAGGAAGAGCAGGGACCCCUGCUCCAGAAGGUCAUUCCCCCCUUGGACUGCUUUACUAUCAACGUAGGAGGCAGCCGCUUUGUAAUGUCCCAGCAAACUUUGUCUUGCUACCCUGACACCCGCCUUGGCAAACUGGCUGUAGUGGUCUCUGCUGCCCGGGAUGUGGCCUCUGGCCUCCUUGAGCUUUGUGAUGAUGCCAACCUCGUGGAGAAUGAAUAUUUCUUUGAUCGGAGCUCACAGGCAUUUCACUACAUCCUGAAUUACUACCAGACAGGGAGGCUGCAUGUGAUGGAGCAGCUAUGUGCACUCUCCUUCCUGCAAGAGAUCCAAUACUGGGGUUUGGAUGAGCUCAGCAUUGAUUCCUGCUGCAGAGACCGGUACUUCAGGAGAAAGGAGCUGAGUGAAGCCUUAGACAUCAAGAAAGAUGCAGAAGAACUGGAUGCCCAAGAUGAAGAAGAGGACUUUUCUGGUACCCUCUGUCCCAGUGUCAGACAGAAACUUUGGGAAGUUUUGGAAAAGCCUGGCUCCUCUGCAGCAGCCAGGACUUUUGGCACUUUGUCCAUGGUUUUUGUUGUUGUGUCCAUUGCCAACAUGGCUUUGAUUUCGGUAGAGCUAAGCUGGCUGGCACCCCCACUACUGGAUGCCCUCGAGUACCUGUGCAUUGCGUGGUUCACAGUGGAGUUUGUUUUAAGGUUCCUGUGUGCACGAGAUCGGUGUCGCUUCCUGAGGAAUGUGGCAAACAUUAUAGACCUCCUUGCUAUUUUGCCAUUCUACAUCACCCUGCUGGUGGAGAGCCUGUGUGGUGGUGAGAGCUCUCAAGAGCUGGAGAACGUGGGACGUAUUGUCCAAGUGCUGAGACUGCUCAGAGCCCUGCGGAUGUUGAAGCUGGGAAGACAUUCGACAGGCUUGCGCUCUCUUGGGAUGACUAUCGCUCAGUGCUAUGAGGAGGUUGGCCUUCUGCUGCUUUUCCUCUCUGUAGGAAUCUCUAUAUUUUCCACUGUGGAGUACUUUGUUGAGCAAGGUGUGCCAGGCACCACUUUCACAAGCGUACCCGGUGCUUGGUGGUGGGCAACAACUUCCAUGACAACAGUUGGUUAUGGUGACAUUAGACCAGACACUACCAUUGGUAAGGUAGUAGCCUUUAUGUGUAUUCUAUCAGGAAUACUGGUUUUGGCUUUGCCAAUAGCUAUAAUAAAUGACCGUUUUUCUGCCUGUUAUUUUACACUGAAGAUAAAAGAAGCUGCUCUUCGACAGCGUGAAGCUUUAAAGAAACUCAUGAAGAACUCAUCCAGCGAUUCAAAUAUCAAUGUCAAUUUGCGAGACAUAUAUGCACGCAGUGUCAUGGACAUGUUGCGGUUAAAAAGCAGAGAGAGAGCAAGUACAAGGAGCAGUGGUGCAGAUGAUUUUUGGUUUUGAAGUUAUUUAACCUUGUAUAGCACAUAGACUAAUUCAAAAAUGUAGUAUUAAGUGUCUCCUUUUUUAUUAUUCGCCACAUAGUGUACUUGCUUUUCCAGAUGGAGUUUUACUUACUUGGAUGUACUGAAAUAACAAUUAUAUACGAAAGGUAGAAUUCAUAACAUGAAAUCUCUCAAUGAGCUCUAAAACCUGCUCUCAGAACUGGAUUGUCAUGGGUGAAUUGGGAAAUAAUAGAUCCAUGAAAGUAAAACAAUGAUGCAAUGAUUUGUCCAUUCUUAUAUCCCUGCUAAUGUAUAGUAAUAAAGUCUUGGUGAAAAUUA